CCGGGUAAUGUCGCGGGAACUGCCAGACACUCAAAACAACAAACCAAGGAGGGGGACGUUUCAACAAGUGUUCAGCUUGGAGAGCUGCCAAAGUCGAGUCUGUUAUUUGUCUAGGUUCCCAUUGGCUGAUGGAGUGGACAGUAUUACUAUGACUCACAGACUGACCAAGGAGGAGCUGGAUGAACAGUUUGAGCUGUUCUUGAAGGAGUCUGUUUCAGAUGACUCGGUGGAUUUGUGCAGCUCUGACAAGCAGCCCGGUGCUCAAAGCAGUCAGAAGUCAGCCCAGAAACCAACGGUGUCUUGGUGGCAAGAUGACGAACACAGCGUUGCCGGAACAGGGAGAGUUGUCAGUGCGGAGCCCUUUUAUAAGCCGGUCCCAAAACCUCGCAGCAGUGUUCUGAAUAAACUGGUUCAAUUGGACAAGAACCUCAAAGGCACAGUUUUGAAGGUUUCCCAAACUGCGGAGAGACAAAGAACCCCAUCUGAUGACUCACGCUCUGACAGUCUGAGCAGUCCCACUCAUGAAAACCUCCAGUGUGUGUCAGGAGAGAGGAGCCCUGAUGAGUCGCACUCUCAUGAUACUCCAACAGCCAGCACUGGUAGUCCUUCCCAGGGGGACGGUGAAGAUGGACUGGCGGGAUCUGGAAAGUCUUUCAGGAAGUCUUUGAGGAAAUCUCUGUCAAUUCGAGAGGAGGAUGAGGAUCCAGGACGCGCUGGCUGGAAGGAAAAAGGGCCUGAAGCAGCUGCUCUCGUCAGAGAAAAUACUGAGAUAGAGGUGAUGGUACCAGCGGUGAACACGACCGGUAUUGGCCUGGACACUCUGGAGGAAGAAGAGGAGAAAGCCAGGUUCUUUGCCCAACUAGAAGCAGCUGCUUCAUCAACUAUAGAUUACUCCAACCUGAACAGAGACCUGGACUCAACAAGUUCUACCAUCGGCACUAACCUCAGGAACGCUGAGGAAGCAGUGGAGCAGAGGGAUGAUGAUAAAAAGAAAGCCAAAGUGACUGAGACUGUCAGAGAGUCGCCAGCCUUUACAGGCUCUCCACACUACAGUGAGGAUUUUGAGGAAGAGGAGAAUGGAAAAGACCCAGUGGAGGAGAAAUCUAAAAUGUCUCCAAUUCUAGCCAAAGUGUCUCUCUAUGAUUCCUUGGAUGACACCAGUGGAGAAGACAAAAGAAAGGACACAGCAGGAUCUCUGGACAGAGGCCAGUUGUAUGUGCAGAGUGGAGGCUCAGAUAUGGAGGCUCUUCAUGAGGCCUACAGACAGAUCCAUGUUGUGGAAGAUUCAGAUGACCAUAAUCACCAUUAUUCAUCUCUGGAAGAGAGGGGGAGGAUCAACAAAGUUGCUUCACCAUCGUCCCCUCAGCAUGCCGGACAGUCUCUUGAGCCUGCUUCUACUAAUCAAUCAGAGUUACCCACCGCAGAAGAGUUGAUGAGACCCAUCCGGCCAGAGAUGGACCAUAUCAGAGGCUUCACCCUCCAGCCUGUCAGUGCUGUAGAACGUGACAAAGAAAAGACAUCCCACUACACUGAAAGAACGUUCCCGGAUCUGACUUCCCCAGAGACACAACUGAAGCAACUAGGAAAAGCUGACCACGGUGCAGAGAUAAAGGGAGCCAGGGCUUUGAUUAGCCACCCUUCCAGCUCCCCAGACCCUCCAAACCACAACCUGACAUGGAGCAUCAGACAGGAAGUGGAGAGGCUGAUGCAGGAUCAGAACAAAUAUUCAUCCUUUCAGGCUGGCAAAGCCAAGAAACAACCGUUGUCCCAUGGCGCCACUAUUUCUCAUCCCUCUACAUCUUCAGUGAGGAAUACCACUAUGGCUCCUGUGAGAGGCCGGAGAGGGGGUGGGAGAACAGCAGUGACUUCCAGGUCGUCAGGGCUGAAUAGAGCUGCUGCUCCGGCCAAAUCUUCUGUAUCCUGUCCUCUGCAGCGUCCACGACAAAAAGCCACAUUUACAAAGAGCCAAGAAAAAGAUGACCACACAGCAGAGGCAGGUCUGAACGUGAGCAGUGAGCUGGUGGCAUCUGUUCAGUCCUUAGUGGCUGUCCUUCAACAGCAGAUAGACACAAGCAGUCACCAGGAUGCUACAGACACACAGGACAUCAGAGGACUUCAAGAAACCAGACUGACACAUCACCUUCCAAAGAAAACUAGGGAGGAGGACAGCUCUGUGGUGGAGGAGCUGAGAGUCCAGCUGGCUCAGAAAGAGAGGGAGCUGCAGAUGAUGAAGGAAGGAGCGGAGGAACUCAGCUCUCUCAGACAACAGAACUACUUACUGCAAAGCAAGCUGCGAAGUGCAGAAGAAGCCAGUCAGAAGAAGAGAUGGGCCGAGGCCACUGACUCUGCUACAGAGGAAAAGCUCCAACAGAUGAAUAAAGAAAUUAAAGAGCAGGAGGUGCUCAUAAAAGGUUACCAGCAGGAGAACGAGAAGCUGUAUUUACAGAUGAAGGCUCAGCAGGCCAACAGUAAAGCCAACGAGGAGGCCAUGUUUGAUGAAAACCAGAGACUGCUAAAUGAGCUGGCUUUCACAAGGGAGCAGCUGAAUAAAACCUCUAGGCCUGUGGGAAACGUCUGCUUAUUGGAUCACACUCAACGCAUCACAGACUUGUUGGCUCAAAUAAAUACCUUUCAGAGAAAUGAGGCCAGGCUGUCUGAGGAUAUUCACAGACUGAAGCAAGAAAAGCAGGCUCUAGAUGUGGACCUUCAGCUAUUGAAGAAAGAGAGAGACCUAGCUAAAGCUCAAGCUGUGUCGGCCUCAGGAGACAAGACGUUUGAGAUUCGUGUCUUGGAGAACAAGCACAGAGAGGAAGUGGCGGCCCUGAAGAAGAAGCUGCAGUGGUUUGCUGAGAACCAGGAGCUGCUGGACAGAGAUGCUGGCAGACUGAAGGCUGCUACAGCUGAGAUUCACCGGCUCAAAGAGCAGGUAGAACACCUGAAAAUGGAUGUGGGCAAAAGAAGCAGUGAGCAGCAGAGAAAGGCCAGAGAGAAAACGGGGGACACUAAGAGGAUGCAGGACCUGGAGCGACAGGUGAAGGAGCUGGAGCAGAUAUUAAGAUGUAGAAACCCAAACUCCCUGCAAGCUCUGAUCUACGCUGCAGCCACAGCUGGGGGUCAAGAGGAUGUGGAGGCUGCCAAGACGUCCCCGCCCAGUGGGAUCAAUGCCCUGCUGGAGCGCAGGAUUCAGCGUCUGGAGGCUGAGCUAGAGAGUCAUGAUGAGGAGGCCAAGCGCAGCCUGCGGGCCAUGGAACAACAGUUCCACAGGAUCAAGCUUCGCUAUGAGCAGCAGAUCUCAGGACUGGAGCAGCAGCUGGAACAGAAACAUCAGCUGGAAACAACACACUCAGCAGCUGGGGCCGAGCCAUGGAUGUCGCAGGUUCGAGCACUGGAGGAGGAGCUGCAGCGUGUAAAGGAAACCCACCAGGACAAGGAAAAGUCCCUCCAGGACCAGAUUGAGUCUCUCCACCAGCAGCUCAAACACAAGGCUGGUGCUACCCAGGCCCAGCCAAGUCCAGGCCGACACCAGCGUCAAGCCGAGGAAGCAUUUGGUGUCCGGAUAGAACGGCUGAACCAAGAGCUCGCCACCAAGACAAGGACCAUUCAGGAGCUGAGCCGCACUGUGGAGAGACUGCAGAAGGAGAGGCGGAGCAUGUUGUCUGUCCCCAACCCACGACCAGAAACAUGUGCUACAGAGACCAAACGACAACCAGCCAAAACCGUCUGUUCUGCUACUACAGCGGAGACACGUGGAGGGGAAGAAACGUUUCCAGCUGCUCAUUAUGAGAAGACCUACCAGCCCACAGUCUUUACAGGCAGUCACAUCUCAGAAGUUCUGCAGGAGAACGAGGCUCUGAAGCAGCGUCUGGACCUGCUGGAGCUGCAGAGUGAGCAGGACAAGGAGGCGUUAAGGGCUGAUGCUGUACAAGCCGUGAAGGAGCUGUGCAGGCUAAAGGAGGACUCUGCAGAGCAGCUGUCCUCUUUGAAAGCAGAACACCUCAGGGUGUUAGACCAACUGCGUGCCACCCAUGCCCUGGAACACUCCUCCUCUAAGGUUGCUGAACUGGCCAAUAAGCUUAACACUCAGGAGUUGAUGGUGAAACAUUUGCAAGAGCAGCUGAAAGAGCUGCAGAGAGCUAAAGAAGAACUGAAGGUAUCCAGGACCCGAGAGGAUGUUCUGCAGAAGCAGCUGACCACACUGCUGAAAGAGCUAAAGGAAGCUACUGAUGCUCAGAGCCCAGAGGUGAAGCUCCUGUGUAGCCUCGAGAGGAAGAUCCUCAACAUGGAGCUCAGACACCAGCACAGAGAGAAGGAGCUGCAGCAGGUGAUUGGUGGGUCCUGGCAGACGCUAGAGGCUGAUCAGCAGUCAGAGGUGGAGCGCUGGAGGCGUCUGGCUCAGGACAAGAGCAGAGAGCUGGAGGCGUUCCGUCUGGAGCUGGACUCCAUCCUGGACAUCCUGAAACAUCUCCAAAGACAGGGAGUGGUCCUCCCCACUCUUAACUCCCCCAUCACAGCCCCCCUCACCCAGAGGAGUUAAUGCACAGACAAGGUUUGACCGACACGUCAGUGAACAGUAGUGCUGAUAAUUGUGCACUGAAGCCAAAGCUUGACACCAUAAGCAAUAAUGAAUAUCUCCACAUUAGACCGGGUUCAGGUGAAAGGACUCCCAGUGACGGCCAGUAUAAUAUUAGCAACCACAUGUCAGAGAUAGAUGAUGCUUCCUGGUCCACGUCAGCAGCUGCCUCAGCAUCAGCAACACUUCAUGUUAACACAUACAAACAGAAAUAAAGCAACAGCAUGCUCAGAAUCUCUUUGUACACAUCCUGCUCCUGCUCCUGAUGUUUGGCUGGAUAUUUUGUAGCUAGCUUCAAUUUUUGUAUUUAAGUUAUUGUAAGUUAUUUUAGGGGUAGUGAAAAAUAAAAGUCUUAACUGUGAUAA